CCACCAUCCCUCCUUACCAUCAUCAUUAAGCAAUUGCCAACGCCAGCCUUAAGCCCCGACAGCCGACAGGGCUCUGUGCUGUUUGAUCGUUUGAUGCACCCUUUCCCCAGACAAGCACAAAUGGUUAGCUUGGCGAUCACAGUCACCAACAUAUCGAGCAUCAGUGAUACGUCGAUAUCUUUGUAGACAUGUACAUACAUACCUCCGUCACUCAUAGUUGGGUGUACGUAUGUAAUAAGCGAGGCGCUUAUCCUCCUCUAUGUUCUAGGGAUUCAAGUUGAAUGGAUAUUGUUGUCCCUUACGCAUUUGGAGCGGCAGGUACAACACAUCGUGCGUCUCGCACUGGCUCUUCCCCCUAUUUCCCCUCAGCUGCUCCCAUCAAUUAUGAGAGGAAAGAGACAGUGUCAGAUACAACGAUACAACGGUACAAUAUCAACGUUCUUUCCAUCAAUAUCAAAGUUCAUAUAGGUACGUACAUCCAUAUAUACAAAUUACCUAGGAGUCGUCAGCAGGCAGGAACCAGCUUCAAAUCGAAUACCGAUUACUCCAUCGAUCAUAAUGUCUCCAACAAUUUCUCCAUAUUCAUUCAUAUUCGUAUUCAUAUUCAUAUUCGAGUUCAAGUCCAGCCAGCCCUUUUAAUUCUCCGUCUUCAACGUUGCUAUAUACUGCUACACACUACAUACUAUAUACUACAUACUGCAUACAUAUUGCAUACACAAUACUUCAUCACGGACCACACUCCGUACACUCAUUUCUUCCAAUUCUAGUAGGUUACUACGCCGGUCAUCUCAAAUACAGAACACGUAUACGCACCUCUUCUUAAAGAAAGCAGAAAAUUUACACGGAGCCACUGCGGAUGGACCAUUAACGGGCCAUCGAUAUGUGAGUAUAUCCAAUAACAAAAACAGCA